AUGGAUAUGUACUCCGAAGCGGACUAUUCGCAAAAUGUUCGCUUCAUUGGCGACCUUAAGCCCGACUUCGAGCGCGCAGCUCUCGUCUCGAUUGAGCCCUCGGGUUUCUACAUCCGGCAACCUCCCAAACCCCAUGAACUGGAGACUGAAAUCACGGAUGAUUCACAGCUAUUUCAGACCAUUCACAUGGGCGCGGCGGUGGUUGACCAAGAUCAAUGGAUUUUGGUCGUUGACGGUAUGGUCGAUCGACCAUUUACCACUACGUUGUCGCAACUCAAGGCAAUGCCCAAGGUAACAAUGACGGCGUUCCACGAAUGCUACGGAAGUCCGCUCGCGGCUCCAAUUCAUGCACUAUGGAGAAUAGGCAACGUGGAAUGGACAGGCGUGCGCCUGUCGCACCUGUUAGAGUUGGCUAGGCCACGGGAGGCAGGCAUUUACGUGUGGUCGCAAGGAUUAGAGUCAGGGUCUUUUGGUGGCGUCUCCGCCGACCGAUUUGAGAAAGAUCUGACAAUCGAAAAGGCGUUGCAGCCUGAGGUCCUGCUGGCGUACGCCAUCAAUGGCCAGCCCCUGGACAAGAACCGUGGCGGACCGGUGAGGCUAGUUGUGCCAGGCUGGUUUGGAACCAACUCAACCAAAUGGCUCUGUCGCAUCACAAUUCAGGAUCACCGUGCAACAGGACCGUAUACAACCAAAUUUUACAACGAGAUUGACCCGACUGAUCCUUCAGGGACAGUGACCAGGCCUGUUUGGGCCGUCGAGCCAAACUCCAUGAUAGUGAGACCGAACCCUGAACAGGUCCUUCGCAGGGGCACUAUCGAGAUCUGGGGACGGGCCUGGGGCUGUGAUGAGAUAUGCUCCGUCGACAUCAGCAUCGAUGGAGGCCUAACUUGGCUACCGAAGCAUGUCUCUCAUCUCAACCCGCGCGUGUCGUUUGAGUGGCAGCUAUUCAAAGCAGAAGUCGAGUUGGAAGCGGGAGUAUACAACAUCACCUGCCGGGCACAGGACACCAAAGGUAUUCAGCAGCCUUUGGCGGGGAGAAGAAACCAUGUCCAUUCAGUUUCAGUCACGAUCAUAUAA